AUGCCCGCGCAAUCGAGACGUUCAGCGCCUUUGUGCAUCUUUGACCUCCCACUAGAGCUUCGUCGGCUCAUCUACUUGGAGUGCAUUCCAAAUGGCUAUCAGCUGCAGCUCAACGACGACACAGCCGAAUGGACCAUCGACAAUCUGCGCCAAGCACAUCCACAAUUUCGACAAAAGAUCGAAGAUGAAGAGAAUGUCCGUUGCACGGAAGUGGCAUUUCUCGUAACAUCUACCAAAUGGUCACCACCAGCCGUGCGAUCAAGUGUCCGCCACCUUACUCAUGUUCGAGUCGACAUUCGGUUGGACGAGUACAUACCAGCAGACCAGUACCACGAAGGCGAGAAUUGCGAAUGCAGAUUUCACGAAGCACGGCGUGAUCAGCGCAUGGCGCCGCUGCAAGCCAUGGGCAAUAAUUUAGCAAGAUUCAUAAUCUGGCUCAAAGCAUCUUGCGCCGAAGCCGAAGCGGUUGUAAGGUCCAUCAGACUGGAAAUCGUCGACUCUCUCAACGCUUCAGAGGACAGCGGCGCCCAUGUCAGGUCUGUGGACACUGGUGACGACUACGGAACCUGGAGUAGUAGACAUCAUUCCUUGACUGACUCAGAACCCCCCCAUUAUGAGGAGGCGCUCACGAGGUAUUUGAACAGCUAUGCAAUGGACCAGGACCUGUAUUUCAAUCGCAAGUCGAUGUGUGCAGCGAAAAUAGUGGAGUACCUAAGCAUGUCCUGCCACCAUGAAGGAAUCCUAUCAGUUGUGGUGGAGGCUACUGUGUGUGAUGUGGAAGCCAGCAUACGUGCCAGGGUCCGAGAGAGCCUACUUCGGAGACACCCCUUGAAAAUGACUUAUGGACGGGGGCUAGGGGCGGCACAGGUGAUCGUCCUUGCACUUGAGGCAAUACUUAUCAACUGCGGCGACGCAAGCAUCUUGGCUCGGUCUUCAUUAAGGAUCGUGAAGGAUCGUAUCGCGCUGCACCCCGACUGA